GUGAGGCUCUGCCAGCCUCCCUGGACCCCUCCACUGCGCAUGGCACGUUGCGUACCUCCCUCCCAGCAACCGGCCUGGCGGCGGCGCGGCCACCAAACUGAGGAGGCGGAGCCGAGACGAGUCGGUACUGCGCUCUGACUCCUAGACCAGGCUUAAGUUUUUGAAAUUGCAGUAGGUCUACACAGUAGGAGCCCAUGUCUUUUCUCGUAAGUAAACCAGAGCGAAUCAGGCGGUGGGUCUCGGAAAAGUUCAUUGUUGAGGGCUUAAGAGAUUUGGAACUAUUUGGAGAGCAGCCUCCGGGUGACACUCGGAGAAAAGCCAAUGAGGCAAGCUCAGAGUCCAUAGCAUCCUUCUCUAAACCGGAGAUCAUGAGUAGCUUUCUGCCAGAGGGCGGGUGUUACGAGCUGCUCACUGUCAUAGGUAAAGGAUUUGAAGAGUUAAUGACAGUGAAUUUAGCCAGGUACAAACCAACAGGAGAGUAUGUGACAAUACGAAGGAUCAACCUAGAAGCUUGUUCCAAUGAGAUGGUGACGUUCUUGCAGGGGGAGCUUCAUGUUUCUAAACUCUUCAGCCAUCCCAAUAUAGUGCCAUACCGAGCCACCUUCAUCUCCGACAAUGAGCUGUGGGUCGUUACGUCCUUCAUGGCAUAUGGUUCUGCAAAGGAUCUCAUCGGCACACACUUCAUGGAUGGCAUGAAUGAGCUGGCGAUUGCAUACAUCCUGCAGGGGGUGCUGAAGGCCUUGGACUACAUCCACCACAUGGGCUACGUGCACAGGAGUGUCAAGGCCAGCCACAUUCUGAUUUCCAUGGAUGGGAAGGUCUACCUGUCUGGUCUACGCAGUAACCUCAGCAUGAUCAGCCACGGGCAGCGGCAGCGUGCGGUCCAUGAUUUUCCAAAAUAUAGCGUCAAGGUCCUGCCAUGGCUCAGCCCAGAAGUCCUCCAGCAGAAUCUUCAGGGUUAUGAUGCCAAGUCUGACAUCUACAGUGUGGGGAUCACAGCGUGUGAACUAGCUAAUGGCCAUGUCCCCUUCAAGGAUAUGCCUGCCACUCAGAUGCUCCUUGAGAAACUGAAUGGCACAGUGCCCUGCCUCCUGGACACCAGCACCAUCCCUGCCGAGGAGCUGACCAUGAGUCCCUCACGUUCCAUUGCCAACCCUUCCCUGAAUGAUAGCCUGGCCACUAGUAACCUCCGGCCUUCCAAUGGUGACUCGCCUUCCCACCCCUACCACCGAACCUUCUCACCCCACUUCCACCACUUUGUGGAGCAGUGCCUUCAGCGCAACCCCGAUGCAAGGCCGAACGCCAGCACCCUCCUGAACCACUCCUUCUUCAAGCAGAUCAAGCGACGUGCCUCAGAGGCAUUGCCCGAGUUGCUUCGCCCUGUCACCCCCAUCACCAACUUUGAGGGCAGUCAGUCUCAGGAUCCCAGUGGAAUCUUCAGCCUGGUGACAGACUUGGAAGGCCUGGAGGUGGAUGACUGGGAGUUCUGAGUCAAUGCAGCCUGCACCCUCCAGCUGGGGUGGGGUGUGAGCCCUGGGGGCGCUCCCUGAGGGUCGGCACCUACCUCUGGGUGCAGACUGGGUAGAAAGGACACUGUGCCGGCAGAGCUGGCUGCUGGCUGCUUGAAAGGACAUUCUGGAAGAGACUUCACUGUUUCUUUGGCUUUUGAGAGACAGGGAGUCCCAGUCACCAGGGACUUGGAGAAGCCGGAAAGCUGACAUCCUGUUCUGUGAGCUCAGGGGACCUCCUUAGAAGGAAGAGACACUGCUUUGGCCCCGAGGCUGAAGUCCAAGCCCAGAGCUUAACUCACGACCCAGGGAUCCUUCACUUCCUCUUCCUGCACUUGCGCUCAUACCAGCCUAUUCCACUCAUUUCUCUGCUCCCAGAUCCUGUAGGGCUAAACGGGGGACAAGUCCCAAGCAGCCUGUCCCUGCUCUGCCAUCAGGCAUCUCCCCAGUGUCUGUUUUAAGCACCAGGUCAGUUAUGGCUGGGCCGGGCCAUCCUCAUCCCCACCUAGCUCUUGGGCCCUGACACCUGAAACCUCUUAGCUCGUCUGUUACACUCCUUUCCCAAGAAUCCAUCCAAUGCCUCCUGCCAGCUGCUGCCUUGGUGCCUCCUCCAAGGGCCGUAAUGUCUUGCCUCAUCUGAGGGCUUGAGUAAGUCCUUACGUUGUGUUAGUUUCAUUGUCAGAACAAAUUAAAAAUUUCAGAGUAUGUCA